AAGAAUGUGCGGAACUUUUAUACGGAGCAUAUAAGAUCCUCUGACUUGGUUAUUUACCUAGUAGAAGAAAUUUUUGAAUUAAACCAGUUGAUUUGUAAAGCAGUCGCAAUACCAUAUUUAAAGGAUAUGAUUAUAAUGGCGUUACUUCACCAUAUUGAUGAUUGAGGAUAUUGUCGUUCUUUUAUCUGUUUAACCCUAAAUUAUGUCAUAUAUAUUAUAUAAAAGCCCCAAGAAAUAACAAACGAGUUGUAUAUAGACGAUGUCGGACAGCCCAGCCAGAUUGGAGUUUCUUAAGACUGAUAAGAAAUAGUGCAAAUGUGGAGAGACUAUUGAGCGCCUUGAGUAUUUCGGAUCAAGUUAGUUCCUCUCGAGUCGAAACAAAGGAGGCUAUCGAAAAAGUUGGGAUGAAGUAAGGACCUUAAAAGGCAUGACUAAACAAAAAGUCAUGGGAAAAAAAUGGAGAUCCUAGUAGAAGCUUCUUCGGAGCAAACAGCCUCCACUAAAGGGAUGUCCAAGGACCAUGGACAGACGCAGAAGUUGGCAUGCCAAUUUCCCAUUCAGACCGUAGAUGAUCUGAUUGAGUUUAAUUCGAAUAUAAAUAUCGCUAGCCAAGAGCUCUAUAUCGAUGCAAUAACAAAUUUAAUAUCAAAUGGCGGGAUAUUAAAAAACUUAAAAAAUAUUUUAGCCAAUGAAGUGGUCUUGGCGUAUAAUGUGAAUGGCGUUCAGGGGAAAGUGGCCCUUAGAAAAGAAGACAAUUUCUUUGGUGUUAUGAUCGAUUCAAUUACUGCAGUCGGCGGUAUUGGCCCAGCUGAGGACCAAUUGAGAAAGGCCCUGCAGCUCCAAAAGAGAUAUUUUAAAAACUCGAACUGCCUAAAAGUAAUGAAAGAACAAGACCCGUUAGAAUAAAGAAAAAUUUAAAUUAAA